AUUAACACAACAAACCAGAAAAUGCUGGCCCUUCAAUCGGUGUUGGAUCCUGGAUACAGCUAUCAUAUGAAGGUUCGCUCCAAACCACUACCAGAAUAUCAUGGGGUGUGGAGUGACUGGAGCCCUGAGUGUGUGUGGUAUUACGGUUCCUCUGACUUCAUUUCAACUGCAUUAAUUGUCUUCGUGUGUAUCAUCGUCCCUGUACCUGUGGCUAUCUGCUUCUUUGGUUUCAAGUUUGUGAAGAAGAAUUGGUGGGAGGAUAUUCCCAGACCUCAACCAAAUGAUCUAUCUAAGGAAAACUUUGACAAAUUGCAGAAGAAUGGACAUGUUUUCAAUGAUGACAUGCUUGAUGACUGCAAAGUGGAAAAGGUUUCAUGGAGCAAUGAACUCCCAUGUUUCGGAGGGAAGAACAGGAUCGAGAGUACUGAUGACAAGCUUUGCACAGUGAACAUCCCAGUCUUUCAACCCUUGAUGGAGGUCUCCAAUUCCAAUGACAAAUUCCCCUUCCCUCUAUUUCCAGGUUUCAAUUUCCCAGUCCUGAAAAACUCCUUGUCCCCUUUCUCUUUGCCCUUUGAGGAUUUGCCUUUUUCCACCUCUGAAGAUCCUGAUUACUCCUUGUUCAAAAGUGUCGUAAAGGACCAAGAGGAAGACAAGUACCACCCAUUCGCUGUAAAUGAAGACAGAGACUCCCCACUCAAACUAAACACCUACUCACUAUGCCCAGAUGCUGACAGUACAGCAACUGAAUCUUCUGAUCAAAUUGGUUAUAAAUCUUUCAGCAACUGUGUCUCUGCACCCUGGACCAAAUCAGCACAAACCGGGUGGAACUCAGGAGAGCAACAGAACUCAGAGGUGUUUCAGCCACAACUGGAGUCUGGUGAAAUUGAGUCAUCUGAUUAUAUGUCUUCUGAUAAACUUACAUUCAAGUCAAGCAACAACAUGAUGCCAGAUUGGGAAUGGGAUAAAGUUCAUAACACAUCGUGUGACUUCACUGUGGAUGCUGGGACUCACUUCCCAGUAGACCCCUUCCUGAUGUUUCCUGAAAGCCUUCAGUCUUCAGCCUUGCCCUUGAAUGCACAGACACAGUGGUGGCACCCAGUCUCAAUUCAUGAGAUGUCUGGCACAACAGAAUCCGACUUCAACCCACAUCUCAUGACCUCACAGGAUUGCUGCCUGAAACAGGAGCCAGCCUUGGGUGCAAUGAAUCAGGGGAAUGAGGGUCAAGUAGAGUCAGACACCCCGGGAGAUACAGUGAAAAAGACCCAGUUGAAAUACAUUGUGGUCCCAGAGGACACUGAGCUGGGCCUGGGUGAGCUGACACCCUAUAUGAAACUGUCCUUACUAAAUGUGCAAGCAACAGAUAAAAUUCAGGUAGUGGAGCCAAUUCAUCCCCUAACCAAACAUGUAUAUCUUAAUGAUAAUGUCACAGUUAUACAAAGGGACAAUAUACUUGAGGGUGAAUAGGAUGAAUAGUUGGCUGUUUACUGAGCACUUCCAAGUCUUCAGAAAGAUAAAGACAUACAUCUACGGACAAAGUAUGUCAGUAAUAGUAGCAUGCUUCAAUUCUUUUUAUUUCAAAAUUAUACUUUAUUCAUCAAUUAUCUCUAAGUUAAAAAAAAGACAAAUACAACACAGGUCCAUACAGACUUUGCAGAAAAUACACUAAUAAAAACUAGAAGGGUGGGAAAUAGAGCCAAGGGCAAGGUGAUGUGAAGAAUUCCUCAAAUAUGUAAAGGAAAACUUCUUGGUUAGUACUGUAUGUCUAGCCCAAUGAGAAAGGAAGAAGUGCUGAAUAUUGGUGUGUUAUUUGCUCUUAAUACAAACAUCUGAACAUUAUAAUAAUGAUUGGUAAUCCAACAAAGGGUUGUCUGUCAAAGAAUAAUAAGAUUCCAGGAGAUCUCUUCAUACACAUUUUUACUGAUCACCACGGCUGUGAUUACUGUAUCAUGUUACCUUCUUCCAUUUAAUGCAAUGAAGUGUACCAAACAAUUUACAUUUUCAAUGGUAUGUUUGUCAGUAUAUUGAAAUAUAUGUUCUAAAUACAAUAUCAUAUCUUCUUUUCGCUAAAUAAAAAAACCACAAAUUAUAA